AUGGCUAAAGCAUCUCUGCUAGGAUUCCUGGCCUGGGCUCUGCCUAUGCAGGUGGCUGGCACAUGCCUCCGCUGCUGGCCAGAUGCUGUUGCACACUUUGGCUACGAUGCAUAUCUGCUGCUUGAUCGGGAUUCAGAAGCCACUCGAAGACUGGUGAAAAUUUUCCUGGAAAGUCCUAGUGGCUCCAGCGGCAGAAUGUAUUUGGAACGAGACCAUAUGGAGCGUGAAGCUGGGAAUCUUUUUCUCCACCUUGAAAAUUUUAUUCAGAGAAGUGGGAAAGAUCACGAACGCCUUUUGAGGGAGGCAGAGCAGGAAAAAGAGAAUUUUGUCAAGAAAUUAGAUGAGGCAUCUCAGUCCUUUAUGAAAGAAAUAUGCAGUUUCUCCUGCGGCCAGUCCCGGUAUCGUCCCUAUGAAGUAGCACAUUGCAAAAGCUGUCAGCUUCUCAGAGCUCCCUGCAAUGACCCCAUGGUAUGUGCAGGACCUAAAGUUCUGAUAGCAGUGCUGCUGACAUUUCUAUUCUUACUGGGUAUAGGAGGUGGAGUUUGGUAUUACCGUCGUAAGAAAAAGGCAGCAGGAGAAGGAAAGGACCAAGAUGAGGACGACAAAGAGAGUUCAGGGAGUUCAAAAAGCGCUGAGAGCUCAGAUGAAUGGGAGAGCUCUGAGGAGUCAGAAGAAGCAGUCCGAGAUUCCAAAUCACGAAAUGUCUCAAACCUCCUAGCAUCAGGCUCCAGAGCGGGGAAAAUCCGAAGCCAUCCACAUUAUGAGAACGUAAACACUCCGCAUUAUGAGAACCCUCCACCUUUUGACAUCCCAAGUCCUCCACCUUUUGACAUCCCAAGUCCUCCACCAUUUGACAUCCCAAGUCCCCCACCAUUUAAUGCUAGAUAUUAAACUGUUUACCACAAU